AUGGUGGCAACAAAGGCCCACACAGGGAUGACCCAGUACAUGAAAGCGAAACCAACAAAGUGGGGCUUCAAACUCUUUGUCUUGGCAGACAGCUUCAAUGGCUACACUGUGGACUUUGUAAUCUACACAGGGAAGUCCCAGUUUUCCUCUGGUGUGGGGCUUGCCUACGAUUCUGUCAUGUCCCUUAUAAAGCCCUCAUUCCUGGGUAGUGGUUACCACCUGUAUGUUGACAAUUUCUACACGAGCCCAAAACUUUUCAUGGACCUAUAUAGUAUGGGCAUUGGUGCUUGUGGAACAUACAGCGAAAAUAGGAGAGGAUGUCCCCGCACCCAAAGUAAUGCCCUGGGUAAAAAAGACAAAAGGGGCACAAUAACGUGGAUCAGGGAGGGCCCAUUGGUGUUUGUGAAGUGGAUGGACUCGCGUGAAGUCUCCAUCUGCUCCACCAUCCAUCCUGCUUACACAGGUAAAACAGUGAGGCGGCGCUUCAAAGAAACCGUCGACAACUGGGUCACCAAAGACAUUCCCUGCCCACAGCCAAUCAUGGAUUACAAUAAGUACAUGGGAGGGGUUGAUCUGUCAGAUCAACUAAUUCAAUAUUACAGUGUUCACCACACCACCAAACGCUGGUACCGGACCCUAUUUUUCCACUUCAUGGACAUUGCAGCCACAAACGCUUACCUUUUGCACAAAGAGUUGAGCCAAGAAAAAGGGGACAAGCCAAUGACACACCGAGGCUUUUUAGAGGAGCUGACUGCCCAGCUCUGUGGUGUGUCAGUGAUGGUCCCUCCUGUAAAAGCCCCCGCACAACACUUGCCCGUGGCAAUAUCUGAACAGGAAGACCUGAAGAAGCGGGCAUCAUACGGGAGGAGAAGCUGUGCUCACUGCAGAGAGACUCGCCACAAAAGACAAGCUACCCCUUGGAAGUGCCUAGCCUGUGAUGUGGCUCUCUGCCUCAUAGCAGACAGAAACUGCUUCCAGGAAUGGCAUCAGGAGUAA